AACUGCUACCUCCACUCCCACACCGGUCAAGAUGCCUGCAGACUACAAUGGACGCUGGGAGAUGGUGAGCAACGAAAACUUUGAGGACAUCAUGAAGGCCCUCGACAUCGACUUUGCCACCAGAAAGAUAGCUUCCCAUCUGCAUCAGACAAAAGUGAUCGUCCAGAACGGAGACAAGUUUGAAACAAAGACACUGAGCACCUUCAGAAACUACGAACUCAACUUCACCACGGGAGAGGAGUUUGAGGAGCACACAAAGGGCCUGGACAACCGUAAAGUCAAGACACUGGUUACCUGGGAUGGGGACAAGCUGGUGUGUGUUCAGAAGGGGGAGAAGGAAAAUCGUGGGUGGAAACAUUGGAUCGAGGGAGACCUGCUACACCUGGAAAUCACUGUGCUCGACAAAGUCUGCCACCAAGUGUUUAAGAAGGCACACUAACAUGGAGAAAAACCUCACCUGCUCAGAACUGUGUGUGCGCACUGCAUGUUGCCGUCUAUUUAUAAAGUAGCUAAAUAUGGACUUCUGUAAUAAACUGAUUUAAUACCACUGUUCUUUUUUUUAACAAACUGAAAGUUUCCUCUUAUAUUGAGAUUAAGUACAUAUACACAAUUCUG